AAAAAAAAACAAAAAGGAAUUCACAGUAUUUCUUGCGGAGAGUGACGAGAACAUAGGGGAAAAGGGCGCCAUGACUAACUAGUCCCACAGUGUUCUUGCUCGUUUCGAAUUUGCUCUUCUCUUCUUAAUUUUCCCUUUUUUUCCCACCUUCCGCUUUAUAGGGUUUCAGUGGGAGCCUUCGAAAAUUUACCGGCAAUUCGUAUGGAUUAUGUAUGAAUGUUUGAACAUUCGACAUUGUUGUAAUUCGAAUCAAAGAGGAUCCUGCUUGGUUUAAUUGAGUGUUCGAGAUUCGGAUUUUCUUUCUUGGUGGAAAGCUUCAUAAAAGAGCUGGUACUGAUUGCCAUGACGGAUAAUAAGUACAAUGUUGAGGCAGCUGAACUUGUUGCUAACGAGGCCUUGCGUCUUCCGAUCUCAGCUGCUGCACCCAUAUAUGAGCAACUUCUGGUCACUUAUCCUACGGCGGCAAAAUUUUGGAAGCAGUUUGUCGAGGCACACAUGGCUGUAAAUAACGAUGAUCAGAUAAGACAAAUUUUCAGCCGAUGCUUGUUGAACUGUCUAUAUGUCCCUCUAUGGCAAUGUUAUAUUCGUUUCAUUCGGAAGGUUAACGAUAAAAAAGGAAUGGAAGGCCACGAAGAGAUCAGGAAAGCUUUUGAUUUCAUGCUUAACUAUGUCGGAUCUGAUAUCGCAGCAGGUCCUUUGUGGAUGGAGUAUAUAACAUUUUUGAAGUCCUGGCCGGCUCAUACUGCAAUUGAAGAAACACAAAGGAUGACUGCUGUUAGGAAAGCUUACCAAAAAGCUAUUGUUACACCCACCAGUCAUAUUGAGCAAAUUUGGAGGGACUACGAAAAUUUUGAAAACUCAGUUAGCCGUGCCUUGGCGAAAGGAUUGGUGUCUGAAUAUCAGCCAAAAUAUAACAGUGCAAGGGCUGUUUACAAAGAGCGGAAGAAGUAUGCUGAUGAAAUUGAUUGGAAUAUGCUGGCUGUGCCACCAUCUGGUACUUCCAAGGAAGAGGCACAAUGGAUGGCAUGGAAGAAGUUGUUGAACUUUGAAAGAGGAAAUCCGCAGAGGAUAGACAACGAUCUUGCCGUUAAACAUAUGGCAUUUACAUAUGAACAGUGCCUCAUGUAUUUAUACCAUUAUCCUGACAUAUGGUAUGACUAUGCCACUUGGCAUGCAAAAAAUGGCUCAACCAAUGCUGCAAUCAAAGUUUUCCAACGAGCUUUGAAGGCUCUACCUGAUUCCGAAAUGCUUAAAUAUGCUUAUGCUGAAUUGGAAGAAUCUUGUGGACAUAUUGAGCCAGCUAAGAAGGUAUAUGAAAGCCUUCUGGGUGAUGAUGGCAAUGUUCCAGCCCUUUCACAUAUACAGUUCCUCCGCUUUCUAAGAAGAACUGAAGGAGCAGAGGCAGCUCGUAAAUACUUUGUAGAUGCCCGGAAAUCUCCAAGUUGCACUUAUCAUGUUUAUGUUGCUUAUGCAAUGAUGGCAUUUUGCCUUGAUAAAGACGCAAAGCUUGCACACACUGUUUUUGAAGCGGGAAUGAAGAGAUUCAUGCAUGAGCCGUCGUAUAUCCUUGAAUAUGCAGAUUUUCUAGCUCGUGUGAAUGAUGAUAGAAAUAUCCGGGCGUUAUUUGAACGAGCCUUAAAUUUACUCCCUCCCGAGGAAUCAGUAGAGAUUUGGAACAGAUUCAUUGAAUUUGAACAAACUUAUGGAGAUCUUUCUAGCAUGUUGAAGGUCGAACAACGAAGGAAAGAAGCUCUCACUAGAGCUGACGAUGAUGGAGAAUCUGCUUUAGAGAAUUCACUGCAAGACAUUGUCUCACGUUAUAGUUUCCGGGAUCUAUGGCCUUGCUCGUCCAAGGAUCUGGAUCAUUUGCAACAGCAAGAGUAUCUUCGCAAGAAUAUCACUAAGAAGUCAGAGAAAGUAGCUCCGUCUGAUGCAGUAGCUUCUGCGGGUAAGAAUUCCACAGAAGUUCCUGCUGGUGCAAGUUCCGUAAAAAGUGUUGUUCGCCCAGAUAUAUCAAGGAUGAACCUCUAUGCUCCUAGAGAAAAGAUUGGUCUCAAUACCCCUGGGCAACCUGCAGUUCCGGUUAUUUUGCCUUCUGCCGUUACAACUGGCUCAGGAACACCAAAUGUAGUCGAUAUUAUGAAAACUUUGCCUCCUGCAUUGGCAUCAUUCAUAGCAAAUCUGCCUGCUGUUGAAGGUCCUCCACUGGAUGUUGAUUUUGUUCUAUCAGUAUGUCUAGAAAGUAAUGUGCCGCCAAUACCAGGAAGAUCAGUAAAUCCUUCACAGAUACAAGCUGGUCCUGUCCCAAACACCAGUAACACUGGUGGUCCUGGGAAAUUCAAGCCAACAAGAGACAGGAAUGCUGGAAAGAGGAAGGAAGCAGAUAGACAAGAAGAUGAAGCUGCAAUUGUUCAGAGUCAAGCUCUUCCGAGGGAUAUCUUCAAAAUACGACAAAUGCGAAAGGCCCGGGGUGGCACUGGUACCAAUUCACAGACUGGGACUGGAUCGGCAUCAUAUGGAAGUGCAAGCGCAUUCUCCGGGGAACUGUCCGGAAGCACUGGUUGAUGCUAUCCUUUUGCUCUGUAAAUAGUGUUGUACUUGUACACCAUUUAUCACUGUAACAUAGUUAGCCAAUUUUGAGGAUGGGGUAAGCGGUGGUAGGGAGAGCGGUUAGGCUGACAUAGUGCUCUGAGUUAUUUAUACAUCAUUGUAUACAACGAUUCAACAGAGAAUAAUGAGAAAUUUAGAUUACUUUGCUAGACAAUAAACACUGGACAAAAUGAACAAGCUUACAAGAUUUGUCCACAUCUUUUUAUCAAUGGAUCAGAUUCGACA